GAUUUAGCUGGGGGCCAACUCCUGCCAGACUAGUGGGAACUGAGCUUUGUGCAGGUUUGUGUUAUCAUCGCUCUGGCUGAUCUGCUGUUUCAUUGACUGCUGGAGCGCUAGUAAAGCAGCUCAGUUCAGCAGCAAGACAGGCAAGGAAUCGGGAGGGGCUCAGCACGGUGGCCACUGAUGAGAAUAAACGGAGGACGCGUCAAGCAGCUUCAGAGGAAGAUGGCUGAGCCCAAGAGUGAUUUCGUCAGCAACCUGUGGGGUUCGAAUGAGUCCAACGUGACAGCUGCACCUUGGGCAGCAGGCACCAAGGAAACAGAAGACCACAGUAGCAUCGUCCUCCCUGUCAUUUUUGGCAUCAUUUGCCUGGUGGGCACUGUAGGCAACAGCAUUGUGAUCUACACCAUCACCAAAAGACCCAAGAGAAACCAUAACACUGCAGACGUCUUCAUCGUGAGCCUCUCCAUCACAGACCUCCUGUUCCUGCUGGGCAUGCCCUUGCUUAUCCAUCAGCUCCUAGGGAAUGGGGUCUGGCUUUUCGGGGCUGCCAUGUGCACCAUCAUCACUGCUUUAGAUGCUAACAGCCAGUUCGCCAGCACGUACAUCCUCACGGCAAUGGCCAUUGACCGCUACCUGGCCACAGUACACCCCAUCCGCUCUGCCUACAUGCGCACCCCCUGCACAGCCGCCCUGGUGAUCUUGCUGCUCUACCUGCUGUCUCUCCUAAGCAUUGUGCCAGUGUUCAUGUACACCCAGCCCAUUGCUCUGCCUGGCAGCAAAGCUGGGUGUGGCAUCAUCCUACCCAACCUCUCGGUUGAUAUUUAUUGGUACACGCUGUACCAGUUCUUCCUGGCAUUUGUCAUCCCGCUCUCGGUCAUCUGCAUUGUGUACCUGAAGAUACAGAAGCACAUUUCAUGCAGGGUGCUGCCACUGCCCCAGAGAAACUUUCGAGCCAGGACUAAGAAGAUCAUGCAGAUGGCAAUAACCAUCUGCUCUGCCUUUUUUAUCUGCUGGGCGCCCUAUUAUAUCCUGCAGUUGGUCCAUCUCAAGAUCACCCAGCCCUCCAUUAUGUUCCUCUAUGCCUACAACGUAGCUAUCAGCUUGGGUUACGCAAGCAGCUGCAUCAACCCAUUCAUAUACAUUGUGUUGAGUGACACUUUCCAAAAGAACCUGGUGAAGGCAAUCUGCCCAGGACAGCAGGCCAGAAGAGGUGACAGACAGACCACUGGGAAAGUCAGUCCCUCUGUGAAAAUAAGUCCUGGGGCAAAUCAGGAGACCUAUAUUAGCAUGACAUAUGCUCAUAAUAUAGACAACUGUAUCGCACUCUCUGUCAUGGUUCCUUAGAGGUAACCUGCAUGACUUAGCUGAGUGAUGGCUAGGUGGUACAAAUAGGUGUAAAAACUUUUUGAGGCUGUAGACAAAAGGAAGGCGUUAGCCUUGUCUCAAGGCACACAGCCAGGAGUAAUGGGGUGAACUGGAGGAGAACAUCAUUUAGGCUGACUAUAAAGAAUUCCUUACAGCAAGACCUACUCCAGAGUGGGAUGAUAAUUGUGUAAGAGAUGUACUGGAAACCCCAUUGCUUGAGUCACUGCCAUUAAAACCUGCCUUGACAAGUGUCCUGGCUGAGACAAUGGCUGAAGGUUCUGUUGCUACAGUGCUGUAGAGCUGAAGAGUAUUGAACAGCCACCUGGCUUUGGGAAAAGUGUAUUUUUUUAAUGCUGCUCCCACUGGUGGCAGGCUGGACAUGCUGGUUUCUGACUGGUUUGAGCUAUGAGUAUUUUUAAUCUUGUGGGUGGUUCACAAUUGGCAAUCCUGCACAUUGACUUUCUGCAUGACAUCAGUCUGUAAGCUUAGGGUUACAGCCACAGUUGAUGGUAGUAAGGUGACCAGCCCAUUGGGUCAGAUCUAAUAAAACCACUGGUGUUGUUCGAACUCACUGAGGAAGGAGCAGAACGAAAUGGCUUUAGGUAUCUAUUAUAGUACAGUGACCUCCUUCUUAUAACAAGACAUCUUCAAUAUUUAGUAAAUUUGUACUAGUUGCAGAGAUGAAAUCUCAAUAGAUUUCCCACAAACUGUAACUAUCUUGUUAAAUAUAAUGUUUGUGUGUCUAGGACUCUGUUCUGUCGCUCUCUGGGCAUUAGGGUGUGGUCUCUUCUCUUCCUUAUCCUCAUUAUUUUAGCAGAACAAAGCCGCUCUCCCUGUCCUCAGUGGAGCACGUACCCUUUUUUCACAAAGUAUGUCUACACUGCGACUUUGUUCAGCGGUGCGUACAGUACAAACGUGGGUAGCUCUCCUGGCAUAGGGAUAAACAGGAGGGGAGACAGUGACGAGCUGCGUAGGUGGGAAGAGUAAAGACACACCUGAAGGGUGUAGAUGCGUACCUGAGUACAUACCUACAUGGCUCCCUGCUUGGCUAAGCCACACCUCCCAGACCUGCAGGGAAAGGCUCUGGGGGGAGCAGCAGGGAGCUGCUGAAGCCUUUCCACACUUCCUCCCCUA